CAUGCUGCUCAGCCUCUCCUGAACAUCGCGGUGAUCUACUCCGGGGUUUCAAACAGCCUGGGGAAGAGCAUAAUCACGCAGUGGGGGUCCGCCAACGUGAUUUGGCUGGCGGUCAACGACAGCAGCCCCAGGACCUUACUGCUGCAGCUCUGUGAACUCCUGGCCUCCCGGCCCCUGCAGGGGCUGGUGUACGAGGAGGAGAGGGCCCCCCUGUCCCCCAAGAGUCCUCUGGCCCCCAUGCUGGAGUUUUUCUCGGCCCAGACCGGGCUCCCCAUCGUGGCUGUAGGAGGCGGAGCGGGCCUGGGCAGGAUGCCGCAGGAGAGUGGCUCAAUCUAUCUACAAUUCAGCUCCUCCACCGCACUCCAAUUGGAGGUGAUAUUCGAAGUGCUAGAGGAAUACGAUUGGACGGCCUUUUCGGUCGUGUCGACCCGUCACCAUGGCUACCAGGACUUCCUGUCGAUAGUGGAGGGCCUGACGGACGGCUCGUUCAUUGGCUGGGAGAAGAAGAACGUGGUGAUGCUGAACCUCACGGACGAUCCGGGGGGUGCUCGCGCCAGGAGGCUGCUGAAGGAGAACGAGGCCCAGGUGCGUCUGCUGUACUGCUCCCAGGAGGAGGCUGACCUGGUGUUCAAGGCGGCCUGGGCAGCGGGGCAGGCCGGCCCCUCUCACAUGUGGUUCGCGGUGGGGCCUGCCCUGGCUGGCCUGGGGAUGGAUGGGCUCCCGCGGGCGCUGUUCGCUGUUAGGCCCCAGGGCUGGAGGGACGAGCCCAGGAAGAGGAUCGCCAGGGGGGUGUCGGUGCUGUCACACGGGGCGGUGGCUCUGAGGAAGGAGUUCGGCUUAAUGGGGGGGCCCAACUUUGUCAGCAACUGCCAGACGGAUGCCAACCACACGCACAGGGUCCCUGACAGAAUGAGAUAUUUCAGCAAUAUAACGUUGGGAGGGAGAGAUUACUCCUUCAACAGUGACGGCUACCUGGCUAACCCCUCGCUUGACGUGAUCUCCUACACACCUGGAAGAGGGUGGGAAGAGGUGGGCUGGUGGGAGAACGGGGUGUUGAGGCUGCGCUACCCCGCCUGGUCCCGCUACGGCCCCUUCCUGCAGCCCCCCGACGACGCCCAGCACCUGCGGGUCGUGACCCUGGAGGAGCGGCCCUUCGUCAUCGUGGAGGCUGCAGACCCCGCCUCGGGCACCUGCAUCCGAGACUCCGUCCCCUGCCGUCGCCCCGUCAACACCAGCGUGGUUCCAGAAGGCAUGGCGCCCACGAAGCAGUGCUGCAAAGGCUUCUGCAUUGACAUCCUCAAACGAUUGGCCAAGAUCGUAGGCUUCACCUACGACCUCUACCUAGUAACCAAUGGGAAGCACGGGAAGAAGAUCGACGGGGUGUGGAACGGCAUGGUCGGAGAGGUGGUGUACCAGCGAGCGGACAUGGCGAUUGGCUCCCUGACCAUCAACGAGGAGAGGUCCGAGGUGGUGGACUUCUCCGUCCCCUUCGUGGAGACGGGCAUCAGCGUCAUGGUCUCUCGUAGCAACGGCACGGUCUCGCCCUCCGCAUUCCUGGAGCCUUACAGCCCGGCCGUGUGGGUGAUGAUGUUCGUCAUGUGCCUCACCGUGGUCGCCGUGACCGUCUUCAUCUUCGAGUUCUUCAGCCCCGUGGGGUACAACCGCAGCCUGCAGAGUGGCAAGAAGGCUGGUGGCUCUAAGUUCACCAUUGGGAAGUCCAUCUGGCUGCUGUGGGCUCUGGUCUUCAACAACUCUGUCCCUGUGGAGAACCCCAGGGGGACCACCAGCAAGAUCAUGGUGCUGGUGUGGGCCUUCUUCGCUGUCAUCUUCCUGGCCAGCUACACCGCCAACCUGGCUGCGUUCAUGAUCCAGGAGGAGUACAUCGACACCGUGUCCGGCCUCAGCGACAAAAAGUUCCAGCACCCCACGGAGCAGUACCCCCCGCUCAAGUUCGGCACGGUCCCCAACGGCAGCACCGAGAAAAAUAUCCGCAGCAAUUACCCCGACAUGCACCAGUACAUGAUCAAAUACAACCAAAGGGGCGUGGAGGAGGCCAUCACCAACCUCAAGACUGGGAAGCUGGACGCCUUCAUUUACGAUGCAGCUGUGCUGAACUACAUGGCUAGGAAGGACGAGGGCUGCAAAGUGAUGACCAUCGGUUCCGGGAAGGUCUUCGCUACCACCGGCUACGGCAUCGCCUUGCAUAAGAACUCGCGCUGGAAGAGACCCCUCGACCUGGCUCUGCUGCAGCUGGUGGGAGACGACGAGAUUGAGAUGCUGGAGCGCCUCUGGCUCUCGGGGAUCUGCCACAACGACAAGAUUGAGGUGAUGAGCUCCAAGCUGGACAUCGACAACAUGGCGGGGGUGUUCUACAUGCUGCUGGUGGCUAUGGGCCUCAGCCUGCUGGUGUUCGCCUGGGAGCACCUGGUCUACUGGAGGCUCAGGCACUGCAUGGGCCACUCGGGCAGCCUGGACUUCCUCCUAGCCUUCAGCAGGGGAAUGUACAGUUGCUGCAGUUUCGAGGAUGAAACUGCCCAAGGAGGAGCAAAACCCACCCUCCCUACCCAUCACCACGCCAUGAUGCCCCCUCCCCCGCCGCCACAUGUUGUCACGGCAGCUGUUGCCAACCCCGCGAUCUCCAUGGCACAGCAACAACAGCCGCCACAGCAGCAACCGCAGCAAGCCUAUAAGACCCCGCUACCAGGGUCCCCCCCGACGGUAGCUCAUUCUGGGACCGCCCUCGGGGCUUCAAACACGCCCAUCCUGGGAGCUCCUCUACCCUGCUCCACCUUCCUACCCCGUCCCGAUCGGAGGUCGGCCGUGGUCGACCGCUGGAGGCUCCCAAAGACAGCUGGAGCCAAUCCCAUUGGUGUCAGGGGUGGGAUCGGUGGGAUCAGUGGGAUCACGGAACUGGGGCCGUUCCAGCAGAAGGUUGCUCCUAACUGGGUGGGCGGUGGGGGCGGGGGCCUGGAUGGAUACAAGCGUUACUAUGGGCCGAUCGACCCAGAGGGCCUUGGGCCCUGUGUGGAUCCACAAACCGGAGGCUCCCAAACACCUAAGACUAAGGGGAAGGGGGUCAAAUCUUUGGGAACCCCUCGGUUGCCUCCCAAAAGUCAGGCCCCUGCCCCUCUGCCACCUAACCCCCCACUACCACACCCCUCCCCCCCUCUCCCCUCCGCUUUUUGGAGAAAACGCCGCCCCAAGAAACCAAAAGAAUCAGGAGGGCCUUUGUACGAGAACAUUCUUCCUCUGGGAAGGCGUGGGGGAGGGAGGGACGGAGUGAGGGAUCCAGCCGGCCGGAGGGGCCGCCACUCGCCCUCUCUCCCGCUGCCUGUGCCUGUUCCUCUGUCCCCCACCUACACCCCACCGUCCCCUUCUCCCUCUCUCCCCUACACCUCCACCUCCAGCUCCACCUCUACCUCCAGCACAUCCUCCUCUUCCUCCGCCUCUACCUCCCGUUCGACCUCCCCGUCCUCUUCUUCGUCCGUGUCCUCGAAGAGCAGGGAGGAUGGCUUCGAGGGCGAGGAUGACGAUGACAUGGAGGAGCUGACGGAGGAGUCCAGCUUGCUGCUGGGUCAUGACCGGGACAGGUCGCUCAUUUCGCCCCGCUCCCUCACUCACGGGCCGCCGCCGCCCCCCAUACCGCCGCGCAAGCCCCGUCCGCUGAAGGGAGAGCGGGAGCGGGCGCGCGAGAGGGGCGGGAGCCAGCUGGCCCAGCUGCAGGAGUGGUGGGCGGGGUGGGGCGAGAGGGAGAGAGACAGGAGCGGGGGAGGGGCCGGCACCGAGGAGCGGAAACGCGACAAGAAGCGGCGAAAAGAGAAGGAGAAGGAGAAGAAGAAAAAGAAGAAGAAGAGCAAGAAGAGGAAAAAGAGAGAGGAGCGGGAGAGGGAGAGAGAGAGGGAGAGGAAGAGGCGCAAGGUGAAAAAGAGGAAGAAGAAAGCGAUGAAGACGAAGAAGAGGAAGAAAGCAUCUGUGGGCAAGCGCUCCGAGCCCGAGGAAGGGGACAUUGAGGCCGAGAGGGAGGAGGUGGAGGGAGACAGGGAUGGAGGGAUGUCUCAAGACUACUCAUCUUACUCAGCCCAACAUCAGCCGCCAAGCAAGCGCUACCCCAACCUUAACAAGCUCCCCGCUUCUGUCAAGUUCUGGGUGAGCGGAGGCGGAGGGGGCGAUCCGUCUACCGACACCCCCCCCUCCUCCCUCCACCCCCUCCUGCCGUCCUCCACCAAGCGACGGAAGAGCGGAGCUGGGGAGAGGGAAGGAGGAGGCAGGGCGGGGGAGAGGAGACCCUUGCUGAUGCACUACGAGAGAGGCAGGGCCCACACGAGGGAGGGCCUGUCCUUCCAUGAGUGGGACUCUGAGGACGAGGACGACGAGGACAUAGAGGAGGAGAGGGACAGGGUGGAGGACAGGGUGCGGAGGGCCGCAGGCCGUGGGGCCGUCUCAGAGUCGGAGAGGGACAGGUGUAGGGCGGAGGAGAGCUUUUCGGACGACGGGUCCUCGGGUGAGUUUGGAAGGUUCGAGAGGUACUGGGAGGGCAGCAUGGGUGGAGGAGGUGGGGGCAUAGGAGGAGGGGGCUGGUUUUUCGGGACCUACCCCUCCAGGGAGAAGGGGGGCAGCAUAAACAGUCGGGACGACUCCAUCCUGGGCCGGGGAGACGGGUGGGGGGCCGGGGGGGAUGGCUGGGGCUCGGGAGCGGGAGUAGGCUGGGGGGGUUCAGGGGGAGGCAGCGGGGGUCUGGGGUCGCAGUGGCCCCCCCCGCCUGCGGCGCUUCCCCCGCCGCGGCGGUACUGGUCCGUGGACAAGCUGCCCAUGAAGCCGGAGAAGAAGCAGAAGGGCGGGGGGAAGGGGAAGGGCCGCACGCGGGACAGGGAGCGCGAGACCGGCCCCUGCUUCUGCCAGUACCCUCACGGCCGCCCCCACGCACACUCCAAACGGGGCAGGGCCUCGUCCCGCAGCCAGGAGGAGCUGCUGCCCCACUGCCACAGCUUCAGCGGCAGCUCCCGGCCCAAAGCGCUGCCCCCCAAACCCGACACGAACCAGCCCAAAUCCGGCAGCCAGUCCAACCUCAGCACCCAGCAGGCCCAACUGACUGAGCACUCCGCACAGCCCCUUCCCUCUCCCCCGCAGGCCCUCCUGCCCGCCAAGCUGCAGUACCAGAGACUACGUUCCGUACCCCAGCCACGAAGAUUCUACUCCCCCCACCUGCCCCUCAAGGCCAAAAGUCUGUGCUCUCGGAGGGGUUCCGCCCACUUCUCCAGCCUGGAGAGCGAAGUAUGA